UUAGGGAUGACAAGAGCCAAAAUGGCGGACGUAGAUAAGUGGAUUGAGGUUGCGAAACAGUGCAAAUAUUUACCAGAAAAUGAUUUGAAGAAACUCUGUGACAUGGUGUGCGAGCUGCUGCUGGAGGAGUCGAAUGUCCAGCCAGUGUCCACCCCAGUCACCGUGUGUGGAGACAUUCAUGGCCAGUUCUAUGACUUGAUGGAGUUGUUCCAGACUGGUGGACAGAUGCCAGACACAAACUACAUCUUCAUGGGGGACUUUGUAGACCGUGGGUACUACAGUCUGGAGACCUUCACCUUGCUGCUUACACUCAAGGCCAAAUGGCCCGACAAGAUUGUUCUAUUGAGAGGAAACCAUGAAAGUCGUCAGAUCACACAAAUCUAUGGGUUCUAUGACGAGUGUCAGACUAAGUAUGGGAAUGCCAAUGCAUGGAGAUACUGUUGUCGGGUGUUCGACCUCCUCACCAUCUCAGCCAUCAUCGAUGAAUGCAUCCUGUGUGUACAUGGUGGCCUCUCUCCAGACAUCAAGACAAUCGACCAGAUCCGUACCAUCGAGAGGAACCAGGAGAUCCCUCACAAGGGGCCUUUGUGUAACCUGGUCUGGUCCGACCCUGAAGAUGUUGACACGUGGGCUAUGAGUCCAAGAGGUGCAGGCUGGCUUUUUGGGGCAAAGGUUACCAAUGAGUUUGUCCACAUCAAUAACUUAAAGCUCAUCUGCCGAGCUCACCAGCUGGUUCAUGAAGGGUACAAAUACAUGUUUGAUGAAAAGCUGGUGACGGUGUGGUCAGCACCCAACUACUGUUACCGCUGUGGCAACAUCGCCGCUGUCCUCUCCUUCAGCAACCCUGACACGAAGGAGGCCAAGCUGUUCCGUGCAGUGCCAGACAACGAGAGAGUUAUCCCCCCUAGGACACAGACCCCAUACUUCUUAUGAGCAGUAUGUUAUAAUAAGAAAUAAUAAGUUAUAGUGCUUCACACAUUGGCAUAUGAUUUACUAGCAGUGAAAUAAUUCAGGGUCAACCACUGCAAGAAUCAAAUGAAAAAUACUCUUUAUCAAUGACUGAAAUAUUAACAUUCUGAAGUGAGAUAACAUUUGCAUGCAACAAUCGUAUUUGAUAGAGACAUACUAAUGAAUAUGUAUUUCAUCUGUGUUUAAUGUGUGUGGACAAAAUAUGAUGAGAUUCAGUCUGGGCAACCCUCAAAUGUUUAAUAUUAAGAUAUACAUUUAACAGGAAUUAUUGAAAACAUCAUGUUACUCUCACCUUGCAACUUUCUUUUGGUAGUGUUGGAAUUAUAACACAAAAAUGGGCAAUGGUAUAACUAAGAGUUUUAAAUACAGGAUAGAGGGAAGUCUCUUUUGAGAGCAUUUCCUUGUUUCAACAUGAGUCAGUCCUAGAUGUGUUUAGUUAAUGAGAGUUUAUUACAGUUUAUAACAUUGGUUCAAUUCUUUUAUGGGUUUAUGUGUACUUGCUUAUAAGUCUUUUCUCCUGACCGUUGUACAAAUGUGAUCUAAAGUUGCAGUGAACCUAAUGUAUCAAUUUUAAGCACCAUUUCAAUCUGUCUCAGAAUUUAGAAAGGGAAGAAAUUAGGUCAUUGAAACAGAUUUAUCACAUGUCUUAUCAUUUUGACUGAAGUGUUGAAUAUUUCAUUCCAUGUGCUCGCAGCAAAACUAUUAUUUGAAAUUGAUGUUAUCAUUCUUAUUAUCAUUCUUGUAAUUGGAGGAAAGGUUACUUCAAAAACCAAUUACAAAAAUGUUCAACCCUUGGCUAACGUUGCAAGGGAAUGAUCCCAACAUCCCUCUUUGUCUGUGCAUGCUGUUUAGCAGUAUAUGUUAAGUACAAACCAUCCAAGUCAAGGGUGUUUAUCUAUACCAUAGAUGGUGUAAUUUCAGAUUUAAAAUAUGAAUUAUGAAAUUAUGUCCUCAUUUUCUAAAGUAACAAUACAGUUCUUUCCUCAAUGAGAUUCUUUGUUUCAUAUUCCAAUAAUUUUCAUUUUUCUUCUGGUUUUCUCUUAUACGAUGAUAUUUUAAGAAAUCUUAUUAAAAUGAGAUCUUUCUCUCAGACUUUCAGAUCGGAUCGGAUUUAAACAUCUGAUAUUAAUGAGAUCGAUAUUUUGAAGAAUGUCCAUGUCGUCCUUGUUGAUUGAAUGUGAGCAAAGCUAAAAUAUUCAUCAUGUUUAAUGAUUAAUAAAAUAUAUGUAAAUAUUUUUAUAGUAGUUCAUUGAUUUACUGAUAUUUAUAUUGAUUGUAAAUCAGGUAUAAGCAUUUGUUUAUUUGUUUGAAGUUGUAAUCUUUGUACGGACAAUUCAUCCAUUGCAAAGAUGAUGAGUCAAGAUCUACCAUGAGUCAUAAAAUUCUCACGAUAGGCCAUAAAACUUGCGCUAUGUUCAGAACAGUGAUGAUGUGGUUAAUUGUUUGUGCAAUCUUUGGCAACCCACUUUGAAAACCGACAGUGAAGAUUAUUUUUAAGAUGGCUUUAAAACAGUAUUCCAAAUUGUAAACAGCAAGAUCUAUAAUUUAUGAAGAGAGACAGUUCAGUUUACAUUCCUUCAUACCCUGAUAUUUGUGACCUGACAGCUGAUCGUCUCAACAGGAUAAGAUGACUGAAUGAAUUGUUAAAUAGACUGAAACAUAAAAUAAGUCAGUGAUUGUUUGUGUGGAUAAUUACUAACACAUUUCUUGGCACCAUUGACUAACACAACUCGAAUUAUGUUGCAUGUUCAGCUAGCUGCAGACAAGAUGUAUACAAUGUACGCUACUUAAUGCUGUGACACUUUCAAUUUGACUUUGGAUUAUAUUGCAGCUGUUUUAGACAGUAUCACUUGUAUGGUGUCAAAUAGUAGCUGUGGAAAUAUAUUUUUGUGUUCAAAUACUUCAGCUCUAGGGUUCUUUCGCGUUUUGUCAUUUAUUGUUGGAGUUGGAGGGGAGCGGGGAUUAUUAAAGGGUGUCAUUAAAAAACUGAAACCACAGAAAAACUGAUGGCCAUUAAUCAUUGAUACAUAUGAUACAGUCUACAUGCCCCUCUCACCCCAAUCCCUCAGAGUGUGUUUCCACUACUUACUAGUCAAGGUAGUUGUGGUAUAUGACUCUCAAGUCUCUUCCCAUUGCCACUGUGUGUCACUUGGUGGGGCUGCUGUGAUCAGUUGCUGUUUAAGAGAGGUAGUACACGGAGGCCUUCUGUAACUCCUGACAGUCACACAAGCACGACACCAUAGAUGAAUGUUGUUCAAUACCUGACAUUGCCUGAUAUGGAUGGUGAGAUGUCACUGGAAACCAAGGGCUUACUGGUCUCAACACUUGCUGUUUUGCCUGCAUAUAGAAUAGCGACUUCACAGUGCAUCUUUACAUAUUUACAGCUGAUGGAAGAAGGUAUUGUAUUAAGACUUGUGAACGUCUGAGGAUGUGCCACAGCAUGGCUGCCUUGGAAUUAAUUCUGUCACAGGUCCUGUUUCAACAAAGCAUUGUGUUGUUAUCUCGCCUGGCAAAGAAGUACAGAAUGUCUACCUUGAGAUGCCUGUGGUGGAUACAGGCAUGGCAGGGCAUUAAGAUGGUACUAAUAGAUUGCCAAUCAGUGCCAAAACUUCCUGAACUGUACAGUAGCAGGAUCUGGUGAUUAUUGGUUUGAAUCACAGAUUCACCUCGGCCCUUUUCCUUGGUUUGUCUGCACCAUACUGAUGUCAUGAGUUUAUCAGUAGGAUAAAUGUCUAGGACGGUUGUUGGGCUUCCCACUCACAUUCAGCUGACAUACUGGUUGAGCUGGUUUGUCUUGACUUGACCACUCACAUUCAGCUGACAUACUGGUUGAGCUGGUUUGUCUUGAGGUGACCACACACUUGAUGACAUUCUGAUAUGUGAUGUCAUACGCUUGUGGAAUAACCAGAGGAAAUCACAGCAAUAUUUACACAUUAUGUUUUUAGUUGUUUGUAACUUUGAUGAUUGUUAAAUAUCUCCAGGCUGCAUAUAUUGAUGGAAGCUGUAUUCUUUGUCAGCUGAUGCACAAUCAAAAUGGUAACGUAAUUUUAUGACAAUGUCUUUUCUCAUCACAUGUUAUGUAAAGGUUAUCUUAACAUAUGCAUUGAUUCCAACAUGAAAUGACCGGUUGUACAUAUUUUUGUGUUAUAAUGUAACAUACAUGUUUUGUAAAACAAAAGUACAUAUGUAGUUUCCAAUAAAUAUCAUGAAU